AUGGCGGAGAAACCUGUGAAACUAACUGACUUUUUUGUCCUGUUCUACUCAGGCGGGGCAAGCAAAGGUGGCGGAGAAGAGCCCGGGAAGCUGCCGCAGCAGGCAGAGGAGGAAUCCCAGGUUUUGCACGGAACUGGCCACUGUAAGUGGUUCAAUGUGCGAAUGGGAUUUGGAUUCAUCUCCAUGGUAAACCGAGAGGGAAGACCCUUGGAUAUUCCAGUCGAUGUAUUCGUACACCAAAGCAAAUUAUUCAUGGAAGGAUUUAGAAGCCUAAAAGAAGGAGAACCAGUGGAAUUCACAUUUAAAAAAUCUUCCAAAGGCCUUGAAUCAAUACGGGUAACAGGACCUGGUGGGAGCCCCUGUUUAGGAAGUGAAAGAAGACCCAAAGGGAAGACACUACAAAAAAGAAGACCAAAGGGAGAUAGAUGCUACAACUGUGGUGGCCUUGAUCAUCAUGCUAAGGAAUGUAGUCUACCUCCUCAGCCAAAGAAGUGCCAUUACUGUCAGAGCAUCACACACAUGGUGGCCAACUGCCCGCAUAAAACUGUUGUGCAGCCGCCGGUCAGUUCUCAGGGAAGACAGGAAGCGGAUUCACAGCCAUGCACUGCGGCUUUCCCACGGGAGGUGGGGGGAGGGCACGGCUGUACAUCACCCCCAUUUCCUCAGGAGGCGAGGUCCGAGAUCGCAGAGUGGCCAGGCCGGUCCCCUCAGGAAGCUUCCUCCUCGAAGUCAUCGGCAGCCCCCGAAGAACAAAGCAAAAAGGGGCCUUCUGUCCAAAAAAGGAAAAAGACAUAACCCUUCUUCUUAAUGUAUCGUUUUCUCUCCCCGGUUGGGAAGUCUACCUCAUGCAAGGAUAGGGGAACAGUCUUUCACAAACAGCAGCUGACCUGGGAUUUUUAACUACUGUUGAGGAACUGUGAAUUUUUUUAAACAGACAAAUCACUCUAAGCAAAUUACAUUGGAGCAGGGUGUCAUGUUUGAUGUAAUUCAGAGAAUGAGAUUCUGUGUGUUACCUAUAUGUGCAUGUGUGAGAGGGAGAGAGCCUGAGCCUGUGUGUGUAGGAGGAUUUAUAUAGCAAUGGAGACAUAUAUAUAUAAAGAGCGUUUGUCUUUAUAUAUGUGUGCAUAGAGCUACAAGCACACACCCUCCCUCACAGAAUUUAACACCCCCAAGAAUUGAAAACUCGUGGGAAGCAUUUUAUUUAGAUGGUUUCAAAAAUAACCUCUGGAGUUUUUCUUGAAAUACCAUUCCCUUUACCUUACAUACAAAUAAAAACAUGCUUGUUACUUUUGUGUGAACCAAAGGAUACUUCAGAUCUCAGAGCUGCCAAUCACAUGGUACUAAAGGUUUUUAAAUCGUCAGUUUCCCCCAAGUUUGGGAUUGCCUUUUUUCUUGAUAUCCAUAGAGUGCUCCCACCCCUUUUGAAGGCAGUACCUUAACUCCACAUGCCUCUGACUGCCAUAAGCUUUUUGAAUCUGGGAUGCGUAUUUCCAGAAAAGACAAUGAAUGUGUAAUUUCUGUGCCGAUAUUUCAAUGUUUUUAAUUCAUAUAUUUUGAUUGUAAAUUAGAUACAUAUUAAGAGAAAGGAAGCGGGAGGGCAAUGUAAAAAUGUAGUGACUUGAUUGUUUUCAGUGGUAUUUUGAUACCAGCUCAUAAUCUUUCACGUGCUGUGAGGUUUUGUAAGGGGUUGUGGCAACAGCAGCUUCCCUUGACUAAGUCAGUCCUUUUGACCAUCACUUCGAGCAGGGGCCCUCCCUGUUUACUACUGAAGACCUUGGAGAAAAACUCCAAUAGUUUGGUAUAUAUUUUGGUGGUGAUUUUUAUUCCCCCUGAAGAGUUACCUAACUUGUUUUUAAAACAAACAAAACAGCAGAGAUAUGAAUAGAAUGCCAGGGUUGAGAGUAGACAUUAUUGAUGCUCACAGUUGCCCAAUACGUAUAACCUUGAAUAUAUUAAAAAAUGCAGUGUUUGGUGGCAGGCAACUAGAGUGAUGAGCUUGGCCAGAGGUACCAGAACCUCUCCUUGCAGCGAGCUAGAAGGAUUUUAUACAAUAAGAUCGAUCUAGGGAGUUCCCUCUAUUACCAUGCUGAGGGGACCUACAUGGUGGAUUCAGGAUGAACACACAGUGAUGGCGAUAGGCUUCGCAGCUUGGUCCUCGGUUAUGUUAAUAAAUUGGCUGGGGAACAGUCAUAGUAUUGGUCCCUUGUGGGUUUCAGUCACUUUGGUGUCAUCCUGGUUAGAGGUGUUAUGGGUACUUUACUGAAACAUCUCCAACAAGGUACCGAUUAUAACGCUUAACAUUGGCAAUAAAUAUAGUUUUGUAUGAUGAGCCUGUUGGUGUAAGCUCAGAUAAUCAAAAA